UCCCGCCCCGCCGCACUGCCCGCGGGCGAUGCGGUGCUCCCGGCGCAGGCCAGGCGGGCCGCGCCUGAGCUCCUGAGCACUCGCAGCCGUUCCCUGCAUCCGUCCCGCCAUGGAGCAGCCGUACGGCGGGCAGGCCCUAGCCGGCGGCGGCGCGCUGGGGCCUGUGGAUGUGCCCAGCGCCCGGCUGACGCGGUACAUCGUGCUGCUGUGCUUCGCCAAGGUCUUGAAAGCCGUGGGGCUUUUUGAAUCCUAUGAUCUCCUGAAAGUGGUCCACCUCGUGCAGUUUAUCUUCAUAGUGCAGCUGGGGUCUGCUUUUUUUAUGGUUUUGUUUCAAAAACCAUUUUCUUCUGGAAAAGUGGUAACCAAGCAUCAGUGGAUCAAAAUUUUUAAGCAUGCUGUUGUUGGAUGUAUCAUUUCACUCUUGUGGUUUUUUGGCCUUACUCUUUGUGGACCACUGAGGACAUUGUUACUGUUUGAGCACAGUGAUGUGGUUGUGCUGUCACUCCUUAGUGUCUUGUUCACAAGCUCAGGCGGAGGACCAGCAAAGACAAGAGGUGCUGCAUUUUUCAUCAUAGCUAUCAUUUGCUUACUACUUUUUGAUAAUGACGACCUCAUGGCUAAAAUAGCAGAACAUCCUGAAGGGCAUCAUGACAGUGCUCUUACUCAUGUUCUGUAUACAAUCAUUGCUUUCCUGGGUGUUGCAGAUCACAAGGGUGGAGUACUGCUUCUGGUAUUGGCAUUGUGCUGCAAGGUUGGUUUUCAUAUGGCAUCCCGAAAACUAUCUGUAGAUGUAGGUGGAGCCAAGCGUCUUCAAGCUUUGUCUCAUCUUGUUUCCGUCCUUCUCUUGUGCCCGUGGGUUAUUGUUCUCUCUCUGACAACAGAGAGUAAAGUAGAGUCUUGGUCUUCUCUCAUCAUGCCUUUCAUAACAGUCAUCUUUUUUGUUGUGAUCCUGGAUUUCUACGUGGAGUCCAUAUGCUCUGUGAAGAUGGAAGCUUCCACAUGUGCUCGAUACGGAUCCUUUCUUAUUUUCAUUAGCGCACUGCUUUUUGGAAACUUUUGGACGCAUCCAAUAACAGACCAGCUUCGAGCUAUGAACAAACCACCACACCAUGAAAGCACAGAGCAUGUUCUUUCUGGAGGGGUGGUAGUGAGUGCUGUCUUCUUUGUUUUGUCUGCCAAUAUCCUGUCCUCCCCCUCCAGGAAAGGGCAGAAGGGUACCCUUAUUGGCUAUUCCCCUGAAGGCACUCCUCUCUAUAACUUCAUGGGUGAUGCAUUACAGCAAAGCUCCCAGUCAUUGCCCCGGUUUAUUAAGGAGUCACUGAAACAAAUCCUUGAGGAGUAUGAUUCUCGGCAGAUCUUCUAUUUCUUGUGCCUAAAUCUGGCUUUCACUUUUGUGGAGCUUUUUUAUGGAGUAUGGACCAAUAGCCUUGGUCUUAUUUCUGAUGGAUUUCACAUGCUUUUUGAUUGUUCUGCAUUAGUGAUGGGGCUUUUCGCAGCUCUGAUGACAAGGUGGAAAGCAACUCGCAUAUUUUCGUAUGGGUAUGGACGCGUAGAAAUUCUCUCUGGAUUUAUUAAUGGCCUCUUUCUGAUGGUGAUUGCUUUCUUUGUCUUCAUGGAAUCAGUGGCGAGACUGGUAGAUCCUCCAGACAUAGAUACAAACAUGCUAACCCCAGUCUCUGUUGGAGGGCUGAUUGUAAACCUUGUUGGUAUCUGUGCCUUCAGCCAUGCGCAUUCCCACGGGGCUUCUCGGGGAGGCUGUCCCACACAUGAUCACAGCCAUUCUCACCAUGGCCACAGCCACAGUCAUGGGCACGGGCAUUCUCACAGUGACCAUGGGCACAGCCAUGGACAUUCCCAUGGAUCUUCUGGAGGAGGCAUGAACACCAAUAUGAGAGGUGUGUUUCUGCAUGUAUUAGCAGACACUUUGGGCAGUGUUGGUGUUAUCGUAUCCACAAUAUUUAUUCAGCAAUUUGGAUGGCUCAUAGCUGAUCCGCUCUGCUCUCUCUUUAUUGCUACAUUGAUUUUUCUUAGUGUUAUCCCACUAUUGAAAGAUGCCUGUCAAGUGCUUUUGUUGAGAAUACCUCCAGAACAAGAGAAAGAUCUGCAUGGUGCUUUAGAAAAGAUUCAGAAAAUAGAGGGAGUUAUAUCCUACAGAGAUCCUCAUUUUUGGUGUCACUCUGCAACUGUUGUGGCAGGCACAAUACACGUGCAAGUAGUAUCAGAUGUCAUGGAACAGAGAAUUGUACAGCAGGUCACAGCAAUUCUGAAAGAUGCUGGUGUAAACAACUUAACUGUCCAAGUGGAGAAGGAAGCUUAUUUUCAACACAUGUCUGGACUCAGUACAGGAUUUCAGGAUGUCCUUGCAAUGACUCAGCAGCUAGAAUCCAUGAAAUACUACAAAGAUGGUACUUACAUCAUGUGAUACAAAGUUGAAUUUGCCAAAGGAGAUGUAAAUGGUCAAGCUGUUGGAUUCCACAUUUGUAUUUUUGCCAGGAGAUCUUGCACAUACAUGUACAGAAACAAAUGUACUAUAUAUUUGAAUUUUUGUAAGUGUACUAUCUUUGUUAAUCGGAUUGAGAUGCUUUUAUAAAGGAAAUAAGGACUUGAGUAUUUGCUGUAAAUGUGAAAAUAAUCCAAAUCUUAUAUACUGUACUUGGUGUUUAUUAAACAGAAAUCUUGAAACUUGUAGAUGA